AUGAGCAAGUGCGUACAGUCUAGCUUAGUCUCAGGCUCAGUUUUAAGUUUCAUAAUUUAUGUUUCAUUUACAUCUCGUCCUUCCUCUUCUCCUUUUCACGCUCCCUCCAGAGUCACAGCCUCUCACUCUGUCUCUUUCCAGCUGAUUGACACUUUUGCGUUAGAGAUCGGAGAGCUGAAGAAGGAGAUGGUUCAGGUCUCUCAUGCUGUGGACAAGGAUCCUGUGGAGCUACAAGGACUCAAACUCCCAGAGGCCAUAGCUUCAGCCAAGACCCAGAAAGAGCUGGAGGAGGUGGCUCAGCUUGGAGCAGGUUUCUGGGACUCUGCCCUGUGCAGCCAGCGGCACACCUCCCCCCGUCCCUGUCGCCCUCUGAGCCGGACCCUCAGCCCCCAGCGGACCAACAGGAACAGCGAGGUCGAGGGGUCACCGCAGAGACGCAGCAGGGCUCACUGUGACAGCGCACCGGCAACCUUACAAUCCCAUGCGCCUCCACCUAACUUUCACCUAGAGAGACGACACUCCAGCGGUCCUCUGUGCUUUGUUAACCCGCUCUUUCUCCAAACCCGUCCGCACCGCCGCAGCAGCUCUGAGGAGGAGCCGCCUUCGAAGGCUGUCGAGUCCACCCUGGAGAAUGCAGAGGAAUCAAAGCCUUUAACCGGCAGCCGAAGCAGUGAUCCACACGUGGACAAGAUCAAACCCAACAGCAAAUCGCGGCCACCUCGCCCCCCGCCGCCGCGCUCGAUGCCACGCCGGCGUCCUGCCCCGCCUCCACCUGGACCUCCAGCAGCUACUGCCAGACCAAAGAGCAUGCCGGAGGCUGUAAUUACAAGGCAGCACCAAUCCUCGAAUAAGCGCCCGGCACCGGCUCGACCUUCGAUGGGCAUCAAGCACAGCGGAUCAUCCAAAAGUGGCAGCUCACCAAUCCCCGCGCCUUCAAACCCACCACCUCCGAGGCCAAAGAAGCCGGAUUUGGAGUCUCACCGCUGCCACAUUGCCCUGGAUGAUGAGACCAUCGCCAAGGCCCUGUCUCGUGCCAAACUGCCAUCCUGCCAGCCUCAACCGGCCCCCCCUGCAGAUCUGGAGACUAACACCGAGAGUCCGUCCGGUCCUAACGAGAGGGGACACCAGCGACUCAGCGACAUGAGCAUGUCUACUUCUUCCUCCGACUCACUGGAAUACUCCCAGUCUCCCGGAUUCUCCCUGGGCCUGGCCCCUACCCCAUCAUUACACCUAAAUCACCAAGACCCGGUGGAGGACAGCAGUGAGGACGAUGACGACGGGGAAGAAGAGGAGGAGGACUACGGAGUUGGCAUGGAGACAGACUUAGAAAUGCGCCUCCGUCCAUCCUUCAGAGCCCGGAGCCGAAAGGUCGGCGUGAUUAUAAGCGGUAGCUCCUUCAUCCUCCCCAGGGCCUUGAAGGGGCGCUUCACUAAGGUCAGCGGCAUGCUCAGCUCCCUCAUGACCCCGGAGAGGCGGACGGUGAAAAGGAUCGCUGAGCUGUCCCGGGACAAAAGCUCGUACUUUGGUUCGCUGGUUCAGGACUACAUCGGCUUCGUUCAGGAGAAUCGAAGCUGUCACACGUCAGGGAUGGAUUUCCUGCAGACUCUCAGGCAGUUUAUGACACAGAUGAAGGCGUACCUGCGCCAGAGCUCUGAGCUCGACCCCCCUAUCGAGUCCCUCAUACCCGAGGACCAGAUUGACCAGGUGCUGGAGAAGGCCAUGCACAAAUGCGUCUUAAAACCUCUGAACAGCGUCAUCGAGACGGCUUUGCACGACUUCCAGGUGAGCAGCGGAGCUUUGCAGCAGCUGAGGGAGAACUUGGCGCUGGCUAAGACCAAAAAGCCCCAGGAGCUCGGGGUGGACGGUGCCGUGCCCCCUGACGCCGUGGCUAUUGAGAAAAUCCGGCAGAAGUUCCUGAACAUGAGGAAGAUGUAUUCCCCCGAGAAGAAGGUGUCACUGCUGCUGCGAGUGUGUAAGCUCAUUUACACCAUCAUGCAGGAUAACUCAGGUAUGGAAAAGUCCUGGUUUCAUUUCUUUUUGUGUUUAAUUUUUACCCCAGGCGGUUACUACCUGACCAGCGCCUACGGAGCCAUGUCCCUCAUCAAAAACUUCCAGGAGGAGCAGGCGGCCCGAGUGCUGAGCUCCGAGGCCAGGAACACGCUGCACCAGUGGCACCGCCGGCGGACCGCCCAGCGUUCAGUACCGUGUGUGGACGACUUUCAGAACUAUCUCCGGGUCGCGCUGCAAGAGCCGGGGGUGGGCUGCACGGCCAAAACGCUGGUCGUCCACCCGUACACCACCACAGAAGAGGUCUGCUCGCUGUGCGCCCAGAAGUUCAGGAUCUCCGACCCUGAGAACUGCGCUCUGUUUCUGGUCAACGAGGAAACCAGCCAGCAGCUCACCCCAGACACGCACCCUCAGCGAAUCAAAGCCGAGCUCCACAGCCGGCCGCGCGCUCAGGUCUUCCACUUCGUCUACAGGAGGGUGCACAACCUGAACCUCUGCGUCCCCGGCGUCGUGCAAAAUGGAAACUGUCCUCAGGUUGAAUAGCAGAGGGAGACAAGCUCCGCCUCUGGUGCUUGUUGAUGUUUUGUGGAGAGGUUUGAAGUCAGGAGAAAGGAGACGGUUGAAGGUGCACGUUGGCAAGUUGAUGCACAUAUGAAAUAAGGAUGUCUUUGAUUAGCAAAUGAUUUUUUUUUAAUUAGGUUGCACUUUGGAAAAAGACAAAGAAGGGGAAAUUCAGCAGCCUGUAUCUGCUUUGGUUAUAAAGGAGUUCAGCAUGUGUUACGUGGGUGGAAAUGAAAUGUUUGGCCAUGAUGGACACGUAUACCAUCCUCAGAUAAAUGACUAACUUUUGCCUUAACUACUGCUCCCUCGGUGCCUUUAAAAGGAAUUGAUUAUACUGUUUGCCACUGACAGCAUUCAUCCCAGAUUAAAACUCCACUCUAAGCAUUAAUUUAAAAAGAGAAAUGAGCUUUUGUAAAGUGUAUGAUUGUUCUUCUUUAUUGUUCUGCAGUUGCUGGACAACUGCAGUUGGUAUUUGUGUGUAGAAAUAUUUUUAUAUCCAAAUAUUUUUUAUCCCUUAAGUGACAAAGAUUUGUAUUCUGAAUUACUGUUUCUGUACUGGACUCAAUACUGGACUUUAUUUAUGCCAGAUAUUUCUCCAAAGUCGACUUCAAUCAGCACUGUUUCUAUUGUAUGUUAUUAAAAAAAAAAAAGCUGAAUAUGUAAAUUUAUAAAAUACACUUUAAACGAGGCCA